CCAGUUCUCAGGAUGCCUAAGAUAUGGGCUUUUAUUACGGAUUUCUUCACCUACGAGACGACCAAGUCGGUGGUGGUGAAGAGCAGGUCUGUUGGAAUCAUCAACCGCGUCGUACAACUACUCAUCAUCAUCUACUUCCUAUGUUGGGUCUUUUAUCACGAAAAGGCGUACCAGGUGAGAGACUCGGGCAUCGAGUCUUCGGUCAUGACCAAGGUGAAGGGCUUCGGUUACCAUAACAACCGUGUGAUGGAUGUGGCGGACUAUGUCGCCCCUACACAGGGUGCCGCAGUGUUCUGCAUCAUCACCAAGCUCAUCAUCACAGAGAACCAGUUCCAAGGAUUCUGCCCGGAGAGUGAAAGCAAGUACAAGUGUGACACGGAUGAAGAGUGCGACAAGUAUUUGGGGAGCUCCACUGGAAACGGAAUAAUAACUGGUGCCUGUGUGAACUCCUCUAAAGGACGACGCUGUGAGAUGGAGGGUUGGUGCCUUGCAGAGGACGACAAAGUCCACAUGCAACCAAUGAUGGAAGUGGAAAACUUCACCAUCUUCAUCAAGAACAGUAUCCGCUUCCCUAUGUUCAACGUUACCAGAGGGAACUUCCCAUCAUCCCUGAAUGCGACUUAUAUCAGGAGCUGUACGUAUGACCCGGAGCACAACCUCCACUGUCCCAUCUUCAAGGUGGGAGAAGUGCUGCGCUACACAGGACAGAACUUCUCCACCAUCGCUCAGACAGGUGGAGAGAUUGCGAUCAACAUUGAAUGGCAGUGUAAUCUGGAUGAGUCAGAAGAGAGAUGUGAACCACACUACUCCUUUAUGCGGCUUGAUGCUGUGUUUCAGAAGAAUGGCAUCACUAAGGGAUACAACUUCAGAUUUGCUAAAUAUUACAAAAAUGAGAAUGGGACGGAGUUCCGCACUCUCCACAAGGCCUACGCCAUCCGCUUUGACAUCCUGGUCACUGGCCUCGCAGGGAAGUUCAACACAGUUCCUACUCUGAUCAACGUAGUGGCAGCCUUUACCUCCGUGGGAUUGGGUACGGUCCUCUGUGACAUCAUUCUUCUGAACUUCCUGAAGGGGGCAGACCAAUACAAAGCCAAGAAAUUUGAGGAGGUCUCUGAGUCACAGAUACAGAUAUUACUCUCUCGAGAAGGUUGCAGCCAGCUGUCAAUCCAACCAGAGGAGAAGGUUUCAGACGACUCGGGAACUGUCUCCCUCUGCCUGGACCAGCAGCUUUGAGUGGUUUGAGGCAGGGUUUGUUAGAAGUUAAUAGGGAUUUAUUUGUAUUUUUUUUUUCUUCCCCCUAGUACUAAAGAAUUAGGCAAACCAUGAUUGAUGGCACACUCCAGCACAGUAGGUGGCAGCGUGCACCUUAACAUUUUGUUUGAGGACUGCCAUUAUACCCAAGAAGAAGGAGAAGAAGAAGAAGAAGAAAAAAGAAGCUUUGAGUGACAGUCCACAUCAACCCAACGGCAGAGUGGAAGUUCCUGCCACACUUCCUUAGUUCAUCAGCAGCUGUUGAUAUGUUCCAUGUUCAUGUGGGUGAAGCAGUGGUGA